AUGUUUGGAGGAAUAAAAUAUGAAGAUCUGAUAUGUGUUAAGUUGGCUGGUUACAUUCUGAAUGGACUUCUGGUUUCAGUUAUAUGUAAACCAGUUUUUGUAUCAAGAGGAUUUGCGCUUUUCUUAUUGGCGGCUCAUCUUAGUCUGCUUACAGUUUUUGCCCAUUAUAGAUGGUGCCGGCACGAAGGAGGGCUGUUCUCUCUCUUGCAUUCUAGAAUUAUUCAAAUGAAGCUUAGAACUUUUCCACUUAAACAGUUCAACAGUCAUGACUCGAAUUUCCGAUCUAUUAGAAUGGAGCACAUUGCGACAACUAUGUUUGUUGGGAACUUCAUUGGAAUUGUAUGUGCUCGAUCCCUGCACUAUCAGUUCUAUUCUUGGUAUUUCUAUAGUUUGCCCUAUUUAUUGUGGAGAACACCUUUUCCUACAUGGCUACGUUUAAUUUUGUUUGCGACAGUCGAGUGUUGCUGGAAUAUCUAUCCCUCAAACAUUUAUUCAUCGGCGCUGCUGCUCGGGGUUCACUUAAUUAUACUAGGAGGCCUCUGGAAUGCUUCGCCUGAAUAUCCAUAUGAGCAUGAUACGAAUUAUAAGUCUUCAAAUUCCAAGAAGAAGAAAGGCAACUGA